GGAAACCAACAUACUAUGCGCCAUCUGUGGAUCAAAUGGAUAGCAAUCAAGGUGUGGCUCAUUAUGGCUGAUGGAGACCGUGCGUUGCCAACAAAAGCACCAUUAUUUCCCAACAAACCUUUUAUAGUUCUCUGGAAUGCACCAACUGAACGAUGCCGUCUGCGCUACAAGGUGGAUUUACAUCUUGAUGUUUUUGACAUCAUGUCAAAUGCCAAUGAGACUUUGAGUGGGUCUAGCGUGACAAUAUUUUACCACAACCGCUUGGGAUACUAUCCCUAUUUUUCAGACGAUGGGGACCCCAUCAAUGGAGGGUUACCACAAAAUGAGAAUCUUACCAAGCACCUCACCAAAGCCAGGGCUGAUAUUAGCCAAGUAAUACCUCUGCGGAAGUUCCAUGGACUUGCAGUCAUUGACUGGGAAAACUGGAGGCCCCAGUGGGACAGAAAUUGGGGUAAUAAAACCAUUUACCGAAAUAAGACUCUUGAACUUGUCAGACAGCGCCAUCCACGGUGGUCAGAGGACAAAAUCAUAAGAGUUGCUAGGAAUGAAUUUGAAAGAGCGGGGGAAAAUUUUAUGAGAAGAACCCUCCUUCUGGCUGAACAUAUAAGACCAAAUGGGCUCUGGGGUUACUAUCUGUACCCAGACUGUUAUAAUUAUAAAUACAAGGAGGAUCCAGCUACAUAUACGGGUGAAUGUCCAGCUAUUGAAAAAUCACGUAAUGAUGACCUGCUCUGGCUGUGGAAGGACAGUACAGCCCUGUAUCCUUCCAUAUACUUGGAAGCCCUACUGAAGUCAAGCCCAAAUGCUUUGAAAUUUGUGCGGUAUCGGGUUAAAGAAGCAUUACGUAUUGCAUCUGAGGCUAGAACGGACUACAGCUUACCUGUUUUUGUUUACUCCAGGCCAUUUUAUGCCUAUACACUUGAUGUUUUGACAGAGGAAGACUUGGUAAAUACUAUUGGUGAGAGUGCUGCACAGGGGGCAGCAGGAGUUGUCCUUUGGGGAAGCAUGCAGUAUUCCAGAUCCAAAGCGAACUGUACAGUUAUCAAAGAUUACAUAGAUGGUACCUUGGGACAUUAUAUCCUUAAUGUGACCUCUGCAGCCAAGCUCUGCAGUAAAGUCCUCUGCAAGAAGAAUGGGAGAUGCGUUCGUAAAACUGACAAAACAAAUGCCUAUCUGCACUUGCCUUCAGGCAGUUUUAAAAUGAGCCUCAGAACCUCUGGCCGGAGAAAAAUGGCUGUGAUAGGGAAACUGACAAGGGAGGAUGCAAAGAAGAUGAGACAGAGAUUCAGGUGCCAGUGUUACAAGGGCUGGACGGGUGAUUUUUGUGAGCUGCCUGUUUUCCGAAAAAGUAGCAAAUAUAUUGCUGAGAAAAGUAAAGCAGAUCUGUUCCCAUAUUCAAAGUUUUACUACCAAAAUCUUGUUGAGAAAUGGUAUUCCAGUAAAAAAAUAGCCAAAAGCCCGAAAACCUUUAAUUAA